AUGGAAGAGGACAAGGAGAUGGAGAUCCAAGAACAACUAAAGCAGGAGAGAGUCAAGAUGGCCAAUGAAGAAACUGAAGUCUAUCUCUAUGGAGACAAUGAAAAAGACUCGCACUCAAAAGUUAGCGAGAGAAGGAAGAGCCAAGGCCAAGGCCUUGCCUCUUUUCUUAAGGAAAAUUAUAUGGGCGAGUUUUCGAACAAACCCUCCCUUGGGGAUAGAGAGACAAGAGCACUUUCACAAGAUGUAGAGUCUCCAGCACAGGAUAUGAUCAAGAGCGAUGUGAUUGACUAUGAUAUGGACCUCGGAAGCCUUGAUGACGAAGGCGAGCCGGAUAUUGUUCUCAUAGAGGAAGAAUAUAAAUCCAUGCUAGAUAACUCCAAUCAUGGCCACUUCCUUUCAAGAAAAGACUUCAAAUUUCUGAAACUUAUCGGAUCUGGAGCCCACGCUCAGGUUUAUCUCGCUGAGAAAAUAGAUAAUAACAAGCUUUAUGCGGUAAAAGUUCUCGAUAAAAAGGAGCUGAACAGGAAGAAGCAGAUCAAAGGGACAAAAAUUGAGAGGAAAAUAUUAGAGAAAAUCAAAAGCCCUUUCAUAGUCAGAAUGCACUGUGCAUUUCAGAACAACACUAAGCUCUUCUUGGUGCUGGAGUACUGCUACGGAGGCGAACUGUUCUUUUAUCUUAAGCAUAUGAAAAAGUUCAAAGAGAGGACAGCUAAAUUUUAUGCAGCAAACAUUGUGCUCGGCUUAAAAGCUCUCCAUGAGAGCCAAAUUGUGUAUAGAGAUCUCAAACCUGAGAAUGUACUAGUCAACCAGGAUGGAUACUUAAAAAUCACUGAUUUCGGACUCGCCAAAGAAAACGUGAAUACUACAGAAGGUGCUCAAACCUUAUGUGGAACUCCUGAGUAUCUGGCCCCAGAAGUCCUGAAGAACAAACCCUACGGAAGAGCAGCAGACUGGUGGAGCUUUGGCUGUAUUGUGUAUGAAAUGCUGGAAGGACUUCCUCCAUUUUAUUCCCAAAACAGAGACCAAAUGUUUAAAAAUAUUUGAAAUCAUGAAGCAGAUUUUCCAGAAGAUAUGAACCCUCAGGCACAAGAUCUGAUAGAAAGGUUAAUUGAGAAAGAUCCUUUUGAUAGAAUUGGCUCUAGUGAGGAAGAUGCCCAAGAAGUAAUGAACCACCCAUGGUUUUCGACAAUUGACUGGGAGAAAUUAGAGAAGAAAGAGAUCAAACCUCCAUAUUAUCCAGAUACCUCAGAGAAAGGUUUAAACUACUUUGACACAGAUUUCACCGAUGAGGACAUUAAGGUCCACUUAAGAGCUUUUUCACCAGAAUGCUCUAGUGCUUCGCUUGGAGAAGAAUUUGAUGACUUUGAUUACCAGGAGGAAGAGUGCAAUGAUACUAAUUAAAUCUCUAACCUAUAUUUUUCUGUAAAAGACUUUUCAUUU